CAGUGUUCCUGUGAAGAGGUGGCUUUGUCAGGUGUCGUCCCUGUGCUGCACGAAAGGGCCUUGCAAUUGCAAGUGUUGAGAAUCGACAGAAACGUUGACGUUUAAAAAAAGGACGUUUGUGCGCUUUUCCCUGAACGCGUAAGAAUGUCGUCAGAAAGUCCCGAAUACUCUCCUUUCUUCGCAGUGAUGGGAGCCUCUGCGGCUAUGGUCUUCAGCGCGUUGGGGGCGGCCUAUGGCACGGCUAAGAGCGGCACGGGCAUCGCUGCCAUGUCGGUGAUGCGGCCGGAGCUCAUCAUGAAGUCCAUCAUUCCUGUGGUCAUGGCAGGUAUCAUCGCCAUCUACGGGCUGGUGGUGGCGGUGCUCAUCGCCAACAACAUUUCAGAGAAAAUCACCCUCUACAAGAGUUUCCUCCACCUGGGUGCUGGGCUGAGCGUGGGGCUGAGUGGGUUGGCGGCUGGUUUUGCCAUCGGCAUUGUGGGUGACGCAGGCGUUCGAGGCACAGCUCAGCAGCCCAGGCUCUUCGUGGGCAUGAUCCUCAUCCUGAUCUUUGCAGAGGUCCUAGGGCUCUACGGUCUUAUUGUGGCUCUCAUCCUCUCCACGAAAUAGAGAAAGCAAGAAAAGAACAGUCCUUCUGUCCAUUCAUCCGUGUACGUUGAGUCAACGCUGUGUCAUCCAUAUAUAAACAACUAAGAAAUAAAGAACAAAUUGUAGAGCAUGCCUUUACGCCCGGUUCCAAAUAAACUCCCUUUAACCACUUCUUUCCUAGUGGCACUACUUGAUGGUCCUUUGUAGAUCUAAUAUGUUUGAAUAAGUGUUAGCAAUAUGGUAAUAGUAAAGCCACAUAUCUACCCCCUACCUAUAUUGCUUAUUCAUGCCUGUCAGAUCUACGAGGGAGGUGUUAUGGGCUGUGUCCCAAAUGGCACCAUAUUCUCUACAUAGUGCUCUGGUCAAAAGUAGUGCACUCAAUAGGGAAUAGGGUGUGAUUUGGGACACGACAUGGGGUUGCUUUGGGAUUGGGCGGGAAGCGAAAAGCGUCCUCUUCCUGUACAGUUGUCCUUGAGUCCAGUAGUCAACCCCUUGUAAAUGUAGUGACGCGUUCAUCCUGUCUGUGCUUGAGUAUCAGUUUACCUCCUUCCUCCCAAUUUCCUUUAAUUUGUGUCUGAUAAAUGGCUUUUAUUAUUAUUUCUUCGUUUUUUUUCUGAAGAACUGACUGUUUGGACAAAUCAUUUUAAUUUUAUCUGGGGACAAUUUUCACAUUAAAGGACCAAACUAAUACGAGGACAUGGAUAACUAUUUUUUUGGUUUGUUUUUUUCACAAAUUAUUUAUGAAGAUUUUGAAAUGUUAAUAAAACUGUUUAAAUGGAACAAA